CUGCUGCUGCUCUCCGUCCCCUUCUUCUUCUUCUUCCUGCUCCGCCGGCGCCGGCCACUCCAAACGCUGCCGGUCUCCCCGCCUCCGCAUCUCCGCCGCUUCUCCUUCCGGCGCCUCCGCCGCGCCACCGCCUCCUUCCACCCCUCCCGCUCCCUCGGCCGCGGCGCCUCCGCCUCCGUCUUCCUCGCCCUCCCCCCCAAACACUCCUCUUUCGACGACGACGACGACGAGCGCUCCCCGCUCGCCGUCAAGCUCUUCCCUUUCUCGGCCCCGCCCCACGCCGAGCUCCGGCUCCUCUCCUCCCUGCCCCCUUCGCCCUUCCUCCUCCCCCUCCUCGGCCACUCCCUCUCCUCCUCCCCGCGCCGCCCCCACCUCCUCGUCUUCCCCUUCAUGCCCCGCGGCUCCCUCCAAGACGCCCUCUUCCGCCCCGGCGACGACCCCGACCUCGACUGGCCCCGCCGCUUCGCCGUCAUCCUCGACGUCGCCCGCGCCCUCGCCGUGCUCCACCUCGACCUCGACCCCCCCGUCGUCCACGGCGACCUCAAGCCCAGCAACGUCCUCCUCGGCCCCGACUUCCACGCCAAGCUCGCCGAUUUCGGCCUCGCCCGCUUCAAAACCCCCCAUGCCCAAGCCCAUUCCCAUUCCCAUGCCCAUUCCCAUGCCGAUUUGCUCAGCCAGGAGCUCGGCCCCAGCCAGGAGCUGUUCCCGUCGACCCACCCGCCCUCGUCUUCCGGUUUCGGCGCGAGCCCUGCGCCAAAGGACCCGCCUUUGGGCGAUCACAGCAGAGAAUUGGGCGGCCAGGAUUGGUGGUGGAAGCAGGAGGAGAGCGGAGAGUUGGAUUCCAGGGACUGCGUCGCCGAGUGGAUCGGCAGCCAAAUCGCCGGCCCCGCGCCGCAGAACCCCGUCUGGGACGAUGAGCGGCCCAGCCGCCGCUCCCGCUCCCGCUCCCCCGAGAAGCGCUUCGAGCUCGGGAGCUCGAGCCGCCGCGCGGAGAAGCUCGAAUCCGGGGAGGCCCCGCCGCCGGAGAGGAAGAAGCAGAAGAAAAUGGCUUCCGCCGCCGUCGACGACGGCGGCUGCGGCGGGGAGAAGAACAACAACCGGAAGAUGAGGGAGUGGUGGAAGGAGGAGUACUUUGCAGAGAUCAGCAACAAUGGCGAACGCAACAGGAAGAGAUCGAAAUGGUUCCGAUCGAUUAGUACGAAUCGCGCCGCCGCUGCCGCCGCCGCCAACGGAGAAGAAAACCAUCACCGCAGCGACGGUAAAAGAUGCGGUUUUGAGUCGAAUUUCGACAUAAGCUUUCGAAAGGGCUGGAAGAGCAAGAAGAGGAGCAAAUCCGCAGGGAGCGACUUCGACUUCUUCAGCGGCGACUUGUUCAGCAGGGAGCUGAGCAGCACGACGAGCAUGCGAGGGACGGUUUGCUACGCCGCCCCCGAGUACGGCGCCUCCACGCAUCUGACGGAGAAGGUCGAUAUAUACAGCUUCGGAGUUCUCGUGCUCGUGAUCCUAUCGGGGCGAAGGCCUCUUCACGUCCUCUCGUCGCCGAUGAAGCUCGAGAAGGCGAAUCUCAUCAGCUGGUGCCGCCAAUUGGCGCGGCACGGCAAUGUGUUGGAGAUCAUGGAUGAGAAGCUGAAGGGUGAGUAUGACAAGGAGCAAGCCACCCUGUGCAUACAUUUGGCCCUCUUGUGCUUGAACAAGAUGCCGGAGUUGAGACCAGACGGCGGGGAGAUAGUGCAAAUCCUGAAGGGGGAGAUGGACUUGCCGGUCGCGCCGGUCCUCGAUUUCUCGCCGUCGCCCUGCGCGCAAACCUAUAGCCGGGCGCGGAGGAAACCAACCACUGAUGAGCAGUAUCAGUAACUCUCUCUCUCUCUCUUAUCUCUGUUUUAUCCACUCUUUGCUACAAUGCAUGCUUAAAUCUUAGUGUGAACAUUUUGUUGAUGUUGCUUGUUUUAUUGUGUGUAUAUAUAUAGAGUUGAAAUUUUGUUCUCAUUGUGUUCUCAAAUGGUAGAUCAAUUUGCUAUAA